AUGCAGAGCAAACACCGCUACAAAGAAUCACUAUCAGGAUCUGGUUGUCCGAUAUGGCCUGGAGAUUUUGAGUUACUAUAUAAGUAUGAAACAUAUAAUAACAGCUACAAAGAAUCACUAUCAGGAUCUGGUUGUCCGAUAUGGCCUGGAGAUUUUGAGUUACUAUAUAAGUAUGAAACAUAUAAUAACAGCUACAAAGAAUCACUAUCAGGAUCUGGUUGUCCGAUAUGGCCUGGAGAUUUUGAGUUACUAUAUAAGUAUGAAACAUAUAAUAACAGCUACAAAGAAUCACUAUCAGGAUCUGGUUGUCCGAUAUGGCCUGGAGAUUUUGAGUUACUAUAUAAGUAUGAAACAUAUAAUAACAGCUACAAAGAAUCACUAUCAGGAUCUGGUUGUCCGAUAUGGCCUGGAGAUUUUGAGUUACUAUAUAAGUAUGAAACAUAUAAUAACAGCUACAAAGAAUCACUAUCAGGAUCUGGUUGUCCAAUAUGGCCUGGAGAUUUUGAGUUACUAUAUAAGUAUGAAACAUAUAAUAACAGCUACAAAGAAUCACUAUCAGGAUCUGGUUGUCCGAUAUGGCCUGGAGAUUUUGAGUUACUAUAUAAGUAUGAAACAUAUAAUAACAGCUACAAAGAAUCACUAUCAGGAUCUGGUUGUCCAAUAUGGCCUGGAGAUUUUGAGUUACUAUAUAAGUAUGAAACAUAUAAUAACAGCUACAAAGAAUCACUAUCAGGAUCUGGUUGUCCGAUAUGGCCUGGAGAUUUUGAGUUACUAUAUAAGUAUGAAACAUAUAAUAACAGCUACAAAGAAUCACUAUCAGGAUCUGGUUGUCCGAUAUGGCCUGGAGAUUUUGAGUUACUAUAUAAGUAUGAAACAUAUAAUAACAGCUACAAAGAAUCACUAUCAGGAUCUGGUUGUCCGAUAUGGCCUGGAGAUUUUGAGUUACUAUAUAAGUAUGAAACAUAUAAUAACAGCUACAAAGAAUCACUAUCAGGAUCUGGUUGUCCGAUAUGGCCUGGAGAUUUUGAGUUACUAUAUAAGUAUGAAACAUAUAAUAACAGCUACAAAGAAUCACUAUCAGGAUCUGGUUGUCCGAUAUGGCCUGGAGAUUUUGAGUUACUAUAUAAGUAUGAAACAUAUAAUAACAGCUACAAAGAAUCACUAUCAGGAUCUGGUUGUCCGAUAUGGCCUGGAGAUUUUGAGUUACUAUAUAACUACAAAGAAUCACUAUCAGGAACUGGUUGUCCGAUAUGGCCUGGAGAUUUUGAGUUACUAUAUAAGUAUGAAACAUAUAAUAACAGCUACAAAGAAUCACUAUCAGGAUCUGGUUGUCCGAUAUGGCCUGGAGAUUUUGAGUUACUAUAUAAGUAUGAAACAUAUAAUAACAGCUACAAAGAAUCACUAUCAGGAUCUGGUUGUCCGAUAUGGCCUGGAGAUUUUGAGUUACUAUAUAAGUAUGAAACAUAUAAUAACAGCUACAAAGAAUCACUAUCAGGAUCUGGUUGUCCGAUAUGGCCUGGAGAUUUUGAGUUACUAUAUAAGUAUGAAACAUAUAAUAACAGCUACAAAGAAUCACUAUCAGGAUCUGGUUGUCCGAUAUGGCCUGGAGAUUUUGAGUUACUAUAUAAGUAUGAAACAUAUAAUAACAGCUACAAAGAAUCACUAUCAGGAUCUGGUUGUCCGAUAUGGCCUGGAGAUUUUGAGUUACUAUAUAAGUAUGAAACAUAUAAUAACAGCUACAAAGAAUCACUAUCAGGAUCUGGUUGUCCGAUAUGGCCUGGAGAUUUUGAGUUACUAUAUAAGUAUGAAACAUAUAAUAACAGCUACAAAGAAUCACUAUCAGGAUCUGGUUGUCCGAUAUGGCCUGGAGAUUUUGAGUUACUAUAUAAGUAUGAAACAUAUAAUAACAGCUACAAAGAAUCACUAUCAGGAUCUGGUUGUCCGAUAUGGCCUGGAGAUUUUGAGUUACUAUAUAAGUAUGAAACAUAUAAUAACAGCUACAAAGAAUCACUAUCAGGAUCUGGUUGUCCGAUAUGGUCUGGAGAUUUUGAGUUACUAUAUAAGUAUGAAACAUAUAAUAACAGCUACAAAGAAUCACUAUCAGGAUCUGGUUGUCCGAUAUGGCCUGGAGAUUUUGAGUUACUAUAUAAGUAUGAAACAUAUAAUAACAGCUACAAAGAAUCACUAUCAGGAUCUGGUUGUCCGAUAUGGCCUGGAGAUUUUGAGUUACUAUACAGGGUGACUGGAUCUGGUUGUCCGAUAUGGCCUGGAGAUUUUGAGUUACUAUAUAAGUAUGAAACAUAUAAUAACAGCUACAAAGAAUCACUAUCAGGAUCUGGUUGUCCGAUAUGGCCUGGAGAUUUUGAGUUACUAUAUAAGUAUGAAACAUAUAAUAACAGCUACAAAGAAUCACUAUCAGGAUCUGGUUGUCCGAUAUGGCCUGGAGAUUUUGAGUUACUAUAUAAGUAUGAAACAUAUAAUAACAGCUACAAAGAAUCACUAUCAGGAUCUGGUUGUCCGAUAUGGCCUGGAGAUUUUGAGUUACUAUAUAAGUAUGAAACAUAUAAUAACAGCUACAAAGAAUCACUAUCAGGAUCUGGUUGUCCGAUAUGGCCUGGAGAUUUUGACUUACUAUAUAAGUAUGAAACAUAUAAUAACAGCUACAAAGAAUCACUAUCAGGAUCUGGUUGUCCGAUAUGGCCUGGAGAUUUUGACUUACUAUAUAAGUAUGAAACAUAUAAUAACAGCUACAAAGAAUCACUAUCAGGAACUGGUUGUCCGAUAUGGCCUGGAGAUUUUGAGUUACUAUAUAAGUAUGAAACAUAUAAUAACAGCUACAAAGAAUCACUAUCAGGAUCUGGUUGUCCGAUAUGGCCUGGAGAUUUUGAGUUACUAUAUAAGUAUGAAACAUAUAAUAACAGCUACAAAGAAUCACUAUCAGGAUCUGGUUGUCCGAUAUGGCCUGGAGAUUUUGAGUUACUAUAUAAGUAUGAAACAUAUAAUAACAGCUACAAAGAAUCACUAUCAGGAUCUGGUUGUCCGAUAUGGCCUGGAGAUUUUGAGUUACUAUAUAAGUAUGAAACAUAUAAUAACAGCUACAAAGAAUCACUAUCAGGAUCUGGUUGUCCGAUAUGGCCUGGAGAUUUUGAGUUACUAUAUAAGUAUGAAACAUAUAAUAACAGCUACAAAGAAUCACUAUCAGGAUCUGGUUGUCCGAUAUGGCCUGGAGAUUUUGAGUUACUAUAUAAGUAUGAAACAUAUGUAUAA